AUGGCUGACCUGCAGCGGACGAUCACGGAGCUGUGCGUGGACGAGCAAGGCCAUGAGUCCACACGAACGUACACACGGCAUCGCUUCCUUGGCAAGGGAGGGUUUGCUCGAUGCUACGAGAUCACAAACGAUGCGACCGGUGCAAAGUUUGCCGGCAAGAUUGUCGAGAAACAAAGCUUGGUCAAACCGAAAGCCCGUCUCAAGUUCACGUCGGAGAUUCGCAUCCACCGAACGCUCCAGCAUCACCGCGUCGUCCAGUUCAAGCACUACUUUGAGGACGAUGCCAACUGCUACAUGUUGCUCGAACUGUGCUCGAAUCAGAGUCUGUCCGACUUGCUGCGACGGCGGAAGCGCUUGUCCGAGCACGAAGUCCGCUACUACAUCCAUCAACUCAUCGAAGGCGUCGCGUACCUGCAUUCGAGAUGCGUGAUCCAUCGCGACUUGAAGCUGGGGAAUCUCUUCUUGACGGCCGACAUGCAGCUCAAGAUCGGCGACUUUGGGUUGGCCUCGAUGCUUGACUCGCGUGAAGAGAAGCGGCGGACGAUGUGCGGCACACCCAACUACAUCGCGCCCGAGAUUCUCAACGGCCACCACAACAGCGGACACAGCUUCGAGGUCGACAUUUGGUCCACGGGGGUCGUCAUGUACACGUUGCUCGUCGGCAAGCCUCCAUUCGAAACCAAAGAUGUCAAGAACACGUACAAGCUGAUCCGCGCCAACGACUACAGCUUCCCGCCACACAUUUCCAUCUCGGCCAACGCAAAGGCGCUCGUGAUGGACCUGCUACAGAAAGACCCGACGCAACGACCGUCGAUCGGGACGAUUCUCGCCCAUCCAUUUCUUCAAGAAGCCAUCCCGGAUGCCCUUCCCGACAGCGCCAUGUUCCUCACGCCGCCACCUAUAUCCAAGUCAUCGGCACGGCAUCGCUCGCCGCUCACACCACUCAUCGAUUCAAACGUUCCGGCCAAAGCCUCUCGUCCGCCACCCGGGACUCCAUCGUCGCACGAGGCUCGGCCAUUGCAGGCCGGUCCACUACGGCGCGCAUCGCUUUCCACGAGCCAAGACGGCAAACGCGUGAGCCCCCGGCCGUCCUACAUCGAUACGCUCGAUGCGAUGGCCGACACGUUGAGCACGGCGUUCUUCUUGGCGGCGGGAGAAAAUGCCGAGAAUGUCGCGGGGCGAGACUUGCUCCAGGCAAAACUGCGCGCGUCGCCGUGCCAACCGGCCACGUUGUGGGUGCUCCAGUUCGUCGACUACACGUCCAAGUACGGCCUCGGGUACCUCCUGUCGAACCAGUGCACGGGCGUUUACUUUAACGACGCGACCAAGAUCAUCGCCAACUCGACGACAUUUGGGUACGUGACCAAACCGCCAGACCAAGCGAUGGACAGCCCCCAGAGCGUCCACAACCUGGCCGAGUACCCGCGCGACCUGACCAAGAAAGUGACGCUGCUCGGCCACUUUAAAGAGUUUAUCGAAGCGGAAGCGUGCGAAGAGGCGAAGACGUUGCAGCGGAACUUGCUGCUCGACUUGCCAUCGAUCGCGACCCCCAUGUGGCACAAAACCCGCCACUGCAUGAUGUUUCGCCUGACCAACGACACGGUCCAAGCCAACUUUUUCGACACGACCAAGCUCGUUCUGAGCGACGGCGGCGCUGCCAUCACAUAUGUCGACAAGGCUGGCCACAUGCACGCUGUGUCGCUUUACGACGCCAUCGUGUUUCGCGCGCUCCCGGAUUUACUCAAGCGACUCAAAUAUGUAAAGGAUAUGCUCCAGCAAAUGGUGCACCACACCAAAGCUGCCUGA